AUGUUUUUCACGUACGUCGUGCGCCCGGGGGAAGCCCCAGAAGGCCGUGGGCCCCAGUUUGAGCCAUUUUGGGACUUCUUCAUGAAUUUCAACUUACGAGUAGGAUUCCUUAUCCAAUUCAUUUCGUAUAUCCUGUUGGUUUGCUCUAUAACAUUAAUUGGGAAGAACCCUUUGGGAAUUUUAAAUUUUUUGAGGGCAUUACCAGGAAGUGUCGGGAACGCGCCAAUGCCUUUGGUUCUUUUUAGUAUAGGGGGGUUUCUCCUGGGGACGCUGUUGAUUAUGUCAUUUUUGCAGUUGACUGAGGAUGAUAGCAGUAUCAAGCAAUCGAGAGGAUACCGAGCCGGGACGAAGUUUUUGCUACAGGCCACGUCCAUGGGUACCGUGUCUUGGAGUUUGUCUCUAAUAUGUUUGAUGGCAUCUUCCUACUACUUUGAUGACCCCUGGAUGGAGGAGAAAAUCGGAGCGGGUUCAUCAUGGAUUCUAUAUUUUAGUUCUAGACUGAUAGAUGCGUUUUGUUUAUUUCUGUACGGAUCUGGUUGUUUUUUUUUGGAGGUGUACCACUCAGAGGGGGCUGGAGAAGCUUGGGGAUGGAUAUGCGGGGUCUGUUUCAUAGCGACAGCGUUUGUAGAAGUGUUAGCCUUAACCCUGUUUAACAGUGCCUUGUUUGAAUCGCUAGAUUGGUUUUACUGCCUCUUUCUGGGAAUGAGUCUCUUCUUUAGUGUGGUUUGGGGACUGUUGUUUGAGCCAAUAAGUCACAGAUACGAUGUAAAGUUAACGCAGAGUGCCAUGCGUAAUGAGUAUUAUAAGUCCAGGAAUGCCAUGGCUUACUACGGCCCCGCUGUUGUGACUGCCAAUGGAGAGCUCGACAUUGAAGCCUCGACUGAAAAUGUAACCUCGUGUAAGCAGUGUUAG